ACAACUCAAGCAUUAUAUAAGUACUCCCAUUCUCACAUUCACUUCAACCACACCACCCAUUUUUCUCCCCGAUUUCUCAACCCUACACAAAAUGGGGUACCAAAACACAAAAGCCCUAUCACACUUGGUGAUGUUGCUAACAUCAAUGAUAGUUGGCAUUGCAAUGGGAGACACAUCGAAGGACAAAGAGGAAUGCACUCAGCAAUUGGCGGGGCUAUCACCAUGCUUGCCUUAUGUUGCUGGUCAAGCAAAAGCACCAGCCCCAGAUUGUUGUAGUGGUCUCAAGCAAGUUCUCAAGAACAACAAAAAGUGUUUGUGUCUCAUUAUCAAAGAUCGCAAUGAUCCUGACCUUGGUGCUUUGCAGAUUAAUGCUACUCUUGCUUUGAACCUCCCAACAGCUUGCAAUUCCCCUGUCAAUGUCUCCAAGUGCCCCGAGCUGCUGCACAUGGAUCCCAAAUCACCAGAUGCUCAAGUUUUUUAUCAAUUGGAGAAAGGCUCCAGCAAAAGUGGCACAAGUCCUGCCCCAAGUCCUUCUGCUGGAACAAGUUCUUCAAUCAGCCAGACAGCCAGUACCCCACAGAAGAAUGAUGCAUUCUACAAGGAGAAGAGAUUGUUUGGGCAACAUUUUUGGGCUUCUGGGCUUCUAGUUUGGGCUUUUAUUGGGCUCUUCUGCUAGAAUUUUCUUCACUUGGACACCAAUGUGAAUUAGAGUGAUAUUCUGCAAUCCCCUCCCUCUCUGUGGCACUGAUGUUAUGACUCACUAUAAAAGUAUUAGUAUGGUAUCAAUUUUUUCUCUACAAAUUAUUGUAAAAUAUAUGUGAGGAAAGUAUGGAAAAUAUCCAAGUCAUGUUAAAGAGAAUAAAGUUUUUUUUUAUUUUUAUUUUAAUAUAUCUUUUUUUCUUCU